UUUAUAAAUCUGCCAUACGCACGCCCGCAACGUUUAAGCGCAUCUUCGACUAUUUUCUUCAGAGUUUCGGAACAAGAACUCUCGGUUAAAAUGGCAGCAAAGUACAUCAUAGGAUCUCUUGUGGGAUCCUUUGCAAUUGCUUAUACUUGUGACUAUUUUCUCGCUGACAAGAAGAUAUUUGGUGGUACCACCCCUAAAACUGUUUCAAGCAAGGAAUGGUUGGAAGAAACUGAUAAGAAGUUCCAGGCUUGGCCGCGCACAGCAGGGCCUCCAGUUGUGAUGAACCCUAUCCGUCGCCAGAACUUCAUUGUCAAGUCCCAGCCUGAAUAGGCUUGCAUCUUUGGCACAUCCCUUGCUGAUUUUGUUUUCCUUGUUAGGCAUUGCAAAGACAUGCUCAUAAAUUCUUCUGUAUUCCAUUAGAUUAUGCUCCCUUGUAUCUGGUAAGGUAAGGUGGACACUGUUUCAAAUCUUGUCUGAACAUAGUGACCAUAGUGGGGGCAUUUCUUUGGCAGUAUGACCAUUUUGUUUAUGUCAUUGGAUCUUUGAAAAUUGAUUUCAUAAGCCUUUGAGCUUUGGAUUGAGGAUAUUGUUAUUACAUAUCAUGGGUUUUUACCAUUUGAAGGAUUACCAUUCUUGAA